UGCCGCCGCCGCUGCCGCCGCGCCCGGCCCAGCCCGGCCCAGCCCAGCCCCGGGUAAAGUUUCCCCGCGAGCACAUGACUCGCAAUGGCCGCGGCCGCCGCGCGCUGAGCCCCCGCCGCCCCCCGGCACCGGCUGGGCCGCCCCGCGCCGCCAUGCAGCCGCCGCCCGGAGCCGCCCGGCCCUAGGGAACCGGCGGCGCCCCUCCGUGACCAGCCGUCGCCGGAGCCGCUGCCGCCUCCUCGGGCCCGGACGCGCCGCCGGCGGGCAGCGGUGAGGCCGUGGUGACCGCGCCGGGCUGGCCGCCGGCCCCAUGCUCUGCGGGGCCGCGGGGCCCCGCGCGUGAGCCGCCCGCCCCGCCGCCGCCCGGCAUGGCCAGCAACAGCAGCUCGUGCCCCACGCCCGGAGGGGGCCACCUCAACGGCUACCCCGUGCCCCACUACGCCUUCUUCUUCCCCCACAUGAUCGGGGGGCUCUCGCCGCCCAGCACCCUGGCCGGCAUCCAGCACCAGCUGCCCGUCAGCGGAUACAGCACGCCCUCGCCGGCCACCGUCGAGACGCAGAGCACCAGCUCGGAGGAGAUCGUGCCCAGCCCGCCCUCGCCGCCGCCGCUGCCGCGCAUCUACAAGCCCUGCUUCGUGUGCCAGGACAAGUCCUCGGGCUACCACUAUGGGGUGAGCGCCUGCGAGGGCUGCAAGGGCUUCUUCCGCCGCAGCAUCCAGAAGAACAUGGUCUACACGUGCCACCGGGACAAGAACUGCAUCAUCAACAAGGUGACGCGCAACCGCUGCCAGUACUGCCGGCUCCAGAAGUGCUUCGAAGUCGGCAUGUCCAAGGAGUCUGUCCGAAACGACCGCAACAAGAAGAAGAAGGACGUGCCCAAGCCCGAGUGCUCGGAGAGCUACAUCAUCACGCCCGAGGUGGAGGAGCUGGUGGAGAAGGUGCGCAAAGCCCACCAGGAGACCUUCCCUGCCCUCUGCCAGCUCGGCAAAUACACUACGAACAACAGCUCGGAGCAGCGGGUCUCCCUCGACAUCGACCUCUGGGACAAGUUCAGCGAGUUGUCCACCAAGUGCAUCAUCAAGACGGUGGAGUUCGCCAAGCAGCUCCCCGGCUUCACCACGCUCACCAUCGCCGACCAGAUCACCCUCCUCAAAGCCGCCUGCCUCGACAUCCUGAUCCUGCGGAUCUGCACGCGCUACACCCCGGAGCAGGACACCAUGACCUUCUCGGACGGGCUGACGCUGAACCGCACGCAGAUGCACAACGCCGGCUUCGGGCCCCUCACCGACCUCGUCUUCGCCUUCGCCAACCAGCUGCUCCCGCUGGAGAUGGACGACGCCGAGACGGGGCUGCUCAGUGCCAUCUGCCUCAUCUGCGGAGACCGCCAGGACCUGGAGCAGCCCGACAAGGUGGACAAGCUGCAGGAGCCGUUGCUGGAGGCACUGAAGAUCUACGUGAGGAAGAGGAGGCCCAACAAGCCCCACAUGUUCCCCAAGAUGCUCAUGAAGAUCACAGAUCUCCGCAGCAUCAGCGCCAAGGGCGCCGAGCGGGUGAUUACGCUGAAGAUGGAGAUCCCCGGCUCGAUGCCGCCGCUCAUCCAGGAAAUGCUGGAGAACUCGGAGGGCAUGGACACGCUGGGCGGGCAGCCGGGCGGCUCCCGCGUGGGCAGCCUGGCGCCGCCCCCGGGCAGCUGCAGCCCCAGCCUCUCGCCCAGCUCCAACCGCAGCAGCCCGGCCGCCCACUCGCCGUGACCCCCCCACCCCGCGCCGCCAGGACCCCGGCCGGGCCGCGGUGGGAAGGGGGGGGGACCCGGCCCCCCCCUCCCCUUGCUCCCCCCACCCCCGGCUCUGCAG